UUUCUCGUUUCGCGACUACACUUUUGUGCUUAGCUUAACCCUCUUAUUUUACUUUGCAGUUUUUCUUCAUUUUAUUCUUUAACACUUGUAUUGUGAUUUAGUGUCUCUUUAUUAAUAUAAGUCAUUAGUUUAAUUUAAGAUAUAUUCUUGUCAAAAUAAUUAUUAAUUAAUUUAUAAUAUAGGCUUUUGUAACAAUCUAUUUUUCUUAUUUAAUAUCUAAUAAACCUGCAUUAUUCAUCUCUCCUCUGUACUCUGUGGACCGUGCUCUGCUGUCAAGCAAUAUCAGGUAACAAACAUACACUUAUAAUAAUUGCGAAUUAAAACACACACGUAUAUAUGCAUGGUGAAAUUAAUAUAUAUAUAUGUAUAAUCUCGGCUUGCAGAUCUAAAUAAUGUAACGUAAAAUAUUUUUAUACAUUGAAAAAAUAUGUUAAAAUUUAAAAUUUUUAUUAUCAUUGAGCUAUGCUUACUAGUUUUUUGUGUUCAAAGGUAUGUUAAAACAAUGGAUUCAAUUGAUUUAAGUUCAACUAAGGGAAAUGACUUUUUAAAAUGCUCUUACUUAUUUAGUGCAUUGACUCAUAUGAGAAUAACUCAGCUUAUGUUGAAAAACGAAAAAGUAAGUUUGAUAACUGUAAUACUGAACAUAAGUAAGUAUGCUGAUAUUGUAAAAGAACAAAUAUGUACAUUGUAUGACAAAGAUAAUGAGAAUAUUGGAUCAUUGUGGCUAUUAAAUAUAUAUUCAAGUGGCGUAUACGGAUUUAUAAGUAUGCCUAUGUUAAAAAAAAACCCAGAGCUAAAUAGAAAAAAUAGCCGGUACAAAAAUGUUGUGGAAACUCAUGAUUAUAUUAUGCAAAUUUUGCAACAAGAUGUUACCCAUUGUGAUACAAAUAAUGUAUUCUAUAGUGAUACAACAGAUUUUGAUCAUCUAACUAAAGAAACAUAUACAAUUUUAAAUUCAAAAAUGAGUAAGAAUAUAGAGAAUAUAGAAAAAUUUAUAAAAGAAAGUAAUAGGCCUGAAUUGCUGUUCACAGAAAAUACCGAAAAAUUUACUAAAAACAGCAUAUUUAUGAAAUAUUUCGCAACAAAUGCAAGUGCAAUAAUUUUUUUCGAAUAUACUCACUAUGUCCAAGUUGUUUGGAACGUUGAAAUGAUAAAAAAAUUCAAGAUUAUGUUUCAAACUGCUAGUUUACUUAACUGGUCAGACGGAAACUUUAAAAACAUUAAAGAUUUUUAUGUAGUGAUUUUUAACUUCUUUAAAGUUAUUAUUUUAAGGUUAACUUGGAAACAUUUCUUAUAUCUUGAAUUCCAAAAUAUCAAUAUCGUAGAACAUUUUGCAAAAGAAUGGUUACUGAUAAUGGAUAAUUUUUUACAGCUUACAUGUGUAGAUAAUGAUUUUGAUAUUGUCAAAAUUAAAACAAGUAUUAUUAAUUUUAUUAAAUAUAUUCCAAAAUAUACAAACGGAUUAGUCGACAAGUUUGAGUUUUCAAGUUAUUACCGAGAAUACUAUUCGAGACUAUUAUCUGAUUUAAAAGUAAUUCUAGUAGAUAUUUGCGAACCGUUGGGUUGUUUUGCAGUAAGGCCAAUGGUGUUGUUCGGCGAUGAACUUCCUGACGAAGCAGAUAAACCACCACACUAUCCCACAGAAGUUAAAACCGUCGAACAUUACAGUUUACUCAAUGCGAGAAUUUUUCUUAAUCGUAUCAUAUUAAAUAUGAAAAAAAAUGAUUUCGGCGUUAUAAAAUCAUUUAUAAAUUAUAUAGACAAAAUAAGUAAGCAAUAAGUUAACAAAAAAAAAAAUAUCGAAAUAAUGCCAAUAAUUUUUAUAUAAUGUUCAAAUUUUUAUUAUAUAUUAAAUGAUAAUUAUGUAUGUCUAAUGGUUAUUGUGAAUUAUGGUGAAACCUUAAACAUUUAUUAUGAUCAUGUCAACAAAAAUUGUAAAUAUAAGAUAUUCAGCAAAUAAUGUCAAUAAAUGAGUAGGGAAUCAUACACUAUUUUAUUAAAUUUCAUUUUAUUAUUAUAUUAUACAUAUAUAAGAAAUAUGUUUUAAGAAAAUAAUCUGAUAAACUGACAAAUGAACAAACAUUCAGAAUUACAAGAUUUAAGUAUCAUUUUGAUCAAAGAAAUGCAUUAUACAGCAUGUUUUAUUAAAAAUACAGCAUCUAAUUGUUUUCCUUAAACAAUGUUUUAUUCAUAAGAACGUACUCAAUAAAAUUAUGUCUGUAGUUGAUAACCAGUUUUCAAGUAGUACUUUUUAAGAUAAUGAUGUUUAAAGAUUUAGACUUAAUGAAGAAUGUUUAGCUAUACUCUAUUUUACUAUAAUACAUAAAUUGGAAUACUGUCAUGUUGGGUAACCUUCAUGUCCUUUCUUAUAAGUUAUAUUAAUUUAAAAUAUUGUAUUCCAAUAUACUGGUAAUCAGAAUAUUUUAUCCAAUAAAAAUAAUUAUGGAUUCCAAUUUUACAUUAAAAUAGUGGUGGUUCUCAAGUAAAGUUUGUAAAGUGGCAUCAACCCAUAUAGGAUAAUUAAAGAGAUGAGGGGAUUUACCUCAUCUUAUCUCGUGAUUUUAACAUUUGUACACCAAAAUAUAAUUUUUGAACUAAAUAAAAUAAUUUGUAUAUAGAUUAAGCAAAAUUAUUCCUAAAAAAUGUAUAAAAUAAUUAUUCAAUACGUAAUUUUUUUUAAAAACAAAUCAAGCUAAAUUUUUUUUUGUUUCACAGGUAAAUUAAAUUAUUUAAUAAACAAAAUAUUAAGGGGUAAGUUGAUAACGUUCUAAUAGCGUCAGUUCUUGAGCCUCAACAUAGUGGGAUCGAUAUUCAUAUACACCCAAAACUAUAUAUUGAAAGCUAUAAUAAAAAACACAAGUUUAAUGUAUGUAUAAAUUUAUGACUCUUUAAAUACAGCUGUUAGAUGUAUAGAUUAUUUAUUGUUGGAGCUUUGCGAUUGCAUAAAUUAUAAUUUUAUACAUAUAUACAAUGUGUCUCAGACUUAGGAACAAAUGCAUUUUACCACCCCAUCGAGUUUUUUCAAUUUUUUUUUUUUUAAAACGUGUAUUUUUCAAUGUUUUUUUCAAAAGUGUUUGAAAAAAUUGGUUCAAAAGUUAUAGCUUUUUAAAGUUGAAACGUCAAAAACUAAAAAUAGCUCAAAAAUUGUUUUUUUUUGUUAAUUUUUGGGAUUUUUUCUCAUGAUACUAUUGUGAAACUAUAAUGACGUAAUUAUUACAUAA